GGGGGGGGUGUGGGUAGCAUUGUCGGCUCUCAGUUAGAAUCGUCGUCAUUAUUACAUUAUUGUUGUUGUUCCGGAGGCAAACAGGCGGCCCCGGAGGCUUCGGCGGCGGCUUCCGGUGCUGCACCGGAAGAAGCUCCCGGAGUGCGGUCGCUAUGGCGAACCUGGUGCGGGACCCCGCCAUAGACCGCUCUCUGCGCUCAGUGUUCGUUGGGAAUAUUCCAUAUGAAGCUACAGAAGAACAGUUAAAAGACAUUUUCUCCGAAGUUGGUCCUGUGCUGAGUUUCAGGCUGGUGUAUGACAGAGAAACAGGCAAACCCAAAGGAUAUGGCUUCUGUGAGUACCAGGACCAGGAGACAGCCCUCAGUGCCAUGCGCAACCUCAACGGCAGAGAGUUCAAUGGCCGAGCGCUCCGGGUGGACAAUGCUGCUAGUGAGAAGAAUAAGGAGGAACUCAAGAAUCUGGGCACUGCAGGGCCAGUCAUGGAGUCUCCCUAUGGAGAUGCCGUCUCUCCUGAAGAUGCCCCGGAAUCCAUCAGUCGCGCUGUGGCCAGCCUCCCCCCGGAGCAAAUGUUUGAGCUGAUGAAACAAAUGAAGCUUUGCAUUCAGAACAGUCCUCAAGAGGCUCGGAACAUGUUACUGCAGAACCCCCAGCUGGCUUACGCCCUCCUACAGGCCCAGGUGGUGAUGAGGAUUGUGGACCCUGAGAUUGCCAUGAAAAUGUUGCAUCGUCCAGCCAACGUCACGCCGCUGAUCUCCUCGAGUCAACCUGUAGCGGGUCCUAACCCCGGGCCAGUUCUGGCUGUCCCUGCAGUCUCCCAGCCACAGCCAAUGGUAGGUUCAGUGGGUUCAAACACCCAGGUUGGGAUGCACGUGAAUGGGGCACCUCCUAUGAUGCAGCCACAGCCUAUGCAAACUGCAGUCACUGGCCAGGGUCCAGGGCCAGUGCAAGGACCAGGAGGACCUGUGUCCGGACCUGUCGGCCCUGGAGGAGCCAUGCAGCCUCCGAUGGGCAUCCCUUCCGCAGGCCCUGUGCCGAUGGACAGAGGACAAGGGGCUAUGCACUCACCUGUGACACCCGCAGGGACUGCACCGAUCGAGAGAGGACAAGUCCCCAUGCAAGACCCCCGCGCCAACCUGCCCCGGGGUCCGCCUGGAGGUGCGGCUGCAGCUCCGAGAGGCCUCCUGGGAGACGCCCCGAAUGACCCACGUGGAGGGACUCUGCUCUCAGUCACUGGGGAGGUGGAGCCGAGAGGCUAUCUGGGCCCACCACACCAGGGGCCGCCCAUGCACCUCGUACCUGCGCACGACGGCCGAGGACCGCCUCAGGACAUGAGGAAUGCCCUCGAGACGCGAGGAUUGCAGCACGACCUGCGAGCGGGGCCAAUGGGAGAGCAGCGAGGGCCCAUUGGAGAACAGAGGGGGCCACUGGGGGGGCCAAUGGGGGAGCCGCGGGGGCCAAUGGGGGAGCCAAGAGGGCCCAUGGGAGAUCCAAGAGGGAUGAUGGGAGAUCCUAGGGGCCCACUGGUGGAUCAGAGAGGACCUCCUCAUGAACCGAGAGGUUCCAGAGAUCCGCGAGGCAUCGACACCAGAGGGCCAGGGCCUGGCCCCGCCCAAGGUCCUGCCCCCAACCCACGAGGACCAAUGGCAGGAGCGCUUCAAGGUCCCGGCCCCCACCCAAUGGGGAAUAGCGGGCCCCAGGGGCCCCAGCAACCUGUCCCACCUCGGCCGGGACCUGCUCACCCUGUGGCUGGAGGUCAGGCUGGCGGCUUCAGUCCUGCUCAGACUCAAGUGACCCCUCAGGACCAUGAGAAGGCUGCACUGAUAAUGCAGGUGCUCCAGCUGACCCCGGAGCAGAUCGCCAUGUUGCCCCCUGAGCAGCGGCAAAGCAUCCUCAUCCUGAAAGAACAGAUUCAGAAAUCAGCAGGAGCCCCCUGAGAUUGGCUGUGUCGUGGCUGCCUGCUUGUGGACAUGGUUCCGACCUGGUUACCUGUUACUGUUACAGCCUGAAGGAGAUGGAGGCCCUUAGUUCACAAUCAGCAACUUCAACUUCGCAGAGUUUGAGAUGAACCUAAAGGUUGCCGACCAGCAACAGGACAAACUCGUUCCCUAAGCGACAAUUUACUUGUCAAACUAUUUUCAUUAGAAGUAAAUUGUUGAAUAUUUUGUAAAGUGGGUGGUGGGAGAAGAGGGAUAACUUGUAAACUUUUUAAAUGGAGCCUUGGGUACAUUUUUUGGGGGGGGAGGGUGAGAGAGGAUUGUUUUAAGUAAAUUGGACAGACACCACAUUCAGAAGAUGGUCGUGAACCCAGUGAUGUGUCUAUUCCCAACUUGGUUCAUUUGAAAAAUGGGAUGCAUCAAAAUGGUUCCCUUACCUUCCCCUCUCCCUGAAUCCUGAACAUCGAAGAUCUCUUGGACCCUUUUUCUACACGCCACAAGGUUUUCCAGGGCCGAGACUUUCAUGGUUGUACUGAUAGUCUGAACUGCUUUGUAUACUGCCCCUCUCCCCCGCCCCCAUCCCCGCCCUGCCCCACCCCGCCCCCACGAUAAACUAUGCCAACCUAUGAUGAGUAUGUUUUCGUAUUAAAGUUCAGUUGAGUUAUGUUGAGACCGUGUUGGAGAAAUGUGAAUGUUCCUACAUUUUAUAAUUAAAACAAAUUGGGAAAAAAAGAA